AUGGCUUCUACCAUGGCCACUAAUGCAUCCAGCGUACAUAACGCACGAUCGAACCGAGCCUCCAACAUGGCCUCAUCCGGAAUGAAUGAUCGCCCGCGGGGAUCUCAGAGCAACAGUGUCGGCAAGGGAUUCGGUGGUGGCAAGUCGAGCUGGAAUAACAACAUCUGGGGUGAUUCCAACCUGGGCGGAUUCGGAGAUGAACAACACAUCAGUGAGACCGCAUUCGAAGGGAAGUCUGGCUCCGGCUCUUUGCUCUCCACUUCCGAGUCGGAUGGCUGGUCGGGACGCGCCAAUCUGCCCUGGAGCACUGUCAACGCCAACCCCGCCCCAGCCAUCAACGAAACCGGCGACAGCUCUUACUUCGCUCUUCCUCGUACCUCGGGCAUGGGCGCACCUGGGAUCACGGCCAGUCAUCGCCCUUACCUCAACACUGCUUCGGAGGGUGUCUCUCCUUCCGGUGAUGGUAUGAGCUUCGGUGGAUUCUCCGGUCGACGACAGAUGAGCUCGGGUCUCGGUGGUAGUCCCGUGGGAGCUAACUUCCCGGGCAAGCCUGGCUUCUCCAACCCUCUCGAUGGUGCCCGCACCGAUGACAUGGCUGCCAUGGGUAUGGGAUCGCUGGGAUCUGGUAUCCCCGAUUCCAUGUCUCCCACUCAGGCCCGCGCCGGUCUGUCGCACGCCACUCACAACUCUGCUUCCUACGCAGCUCAACGUCCAUCGCACUCCGCUCACCCUUCAUUUUACUCCGACAACCACAGCGUCGAUGGUCGCUACGCCGGUGGAUCUAUGGAUCUCAAUGCUGGGUUCAACAAGCUGCAGAUGAACGACAGCGGGUUUAUCUCAGGAGGAGCCCAGCGCCCUUCGUAUAUCCCGCACGCCUCCUUCGAUGGCACAUUCCCUCGCAACAAAUAUCAGAAUGACGAGGCCGCCUACCAGGCACUCGGUUAUAACCAGGAGUCUGCCCAAGACUUGCAGCUCGCGUACCAAGCUCGCUCUCGCGCUGGCAACACGGGCUCUAUCUCCCCCUCUGACUAUGCUCGCAUGGACAGCCCAAUCUAUCCAGCGGUUGAUGGUGGCUCCCAGUACCGCAACCCGGGUGAUACCCACGCCCUCGCCUUCGAGCGCCGAUUGCGGGCUCUCCAGGAGCAGGAACUCGCGCAGGGCUCGCAGCGGAUGCAAUACCCGCCGUCUUACGACUACCAAGCUUACCAGGCUUCGCGUCUCAACGCCCUAUCCGGUUUCUACCCAGUGGCCCAGCUGAGCAACCUCGGUGCGGCGGCCCUGGUCUCUCGCACCCAGCGUGAUGCGGAUACCACCCAAGUUGUGCGCAGCCCGCUCCUUGAAGAGUUCCGUGCCAACAGCAAGGGUAACAAGCGCUACGAGCUCAAGGACAUCUACAACCACGUCGUAGAGUUCAGUGGUGACCAGCACGGUUCCCGUUUCAUCCAGCAGAAGCUGGAAACCGCAAACAGUGACGAGAAGGAGCAAGUGUUCCGCGAGAUUCAGCCAAACUGCCUGCAGUUGAUGACCGAUGUCUUCGGUAACUACGUUGUCCAGAAGCUCUUUGAGCACGGAAACCAGACUCAGAAGAAGAUUCUCGCAAAUCAAAUGCGCGGCCACGUUCUCGCCCUUUCAACCCAGAUGUAUGGUUGCCGCGUUGUCCAGAAGGCCCUCGAGCACAUCUUGACCGAUCAGCAAGCAGCCAUGGUCAAGGAACUCGAGAACCAUGUCCUCAAGUGUGUUCGUGACCAGAAUGGUAACCACGUCAUCCAGAAGGCCAUCGAGCGUGUGCCCUCACAAUACGUGCAGUUCAUCAUCAACGCUUUCCGUGGCCAAGUGAACCGCCUUGCUGCCCACCCCUACGGUUGCCGUGUCAUUCAAAGAAUGCUUGAGCACUGUGAGGAGGUCGACCGCCAAUCCAUUCUAGCCGAACUCCACGCUUGUACCUCCAACCUUAUUCCAGACCAGUUCGGCAACUAUGUGAUCCAGCACGUCAUCGAGAAUGGCGAUGAGCCCGAUCGCACCCGCAUGAUUGAUAUUGUCAUGGGACAGUUGCUCGCUUAUUCGAAGCACAAGUUCGCCAGCAACGUGGUUGAGAAGAGCAUUGAGUUCGGUGCUGAGCACGAACGAGUUCACAUCAUCACGACCCUGACUUCUGCGAACGACCGUGGUGAGAGCCCUCUCCUCGGUCUUAUGCGCGACCAAUAUGGCAACUAUGUCAUCCAGAAAGUCCUGGGUCAGCUCAAGGACGCCGAGCGCGAAGCUCUGAUCGAUCAGAUCAAGCCUCUUCUCAGUCAGCUGAAGAAGUUCAGCUACGGCAAGCAGAUCGUCGCGAUUGAGAAGCUCAUCUUUGACCCCAACGCACCUGCCACUGGGUUGUCCAACACCACCUCGACCACACCCCCACACUCUCACAAGUCCUCCCCGCAACCCCUCAAGCGGUCCAUUCCCACUGAACAACCGCGCGCCUUUGGCAAUGCGCCACCCACUCCACCCCCAACCGACCAAGCCGUUGACAGCACCCUUGAAUCCAAAGGCCUUGCGAAAAGCACCGUCACCACGGUUUCCAGCCCCGAGACAGGCACCGGCGUCCCGGUCGACGUCACCAGUGCCCACUAA